ACAAAAAAGAUUUUUUUGCUUAAAAACUUCAAACUUUUGUGUGACGAUUCUUCCCAGUGAAAGUUCGAACAUCGAAGUCAGAAGAAAAAAAACUGAAGGCUGGAAAAUUGAAACUCAUUACACACAUUCUCUGUUUAGUUUCCAUUCCAAAAUUAUUAAUGAACUAAAUUUAAGGUAUAAUCUAUUCACUUGGUGUCGACAUCUCAGUUACACAAGCUGCUAGCUCAUAACAAGGAUUACAAUGAGUCGUAAAAAUGAAACUGAACGCCAGAAGCAAAUCCAGGAAAAAUGUCAAUUGUUGUUGACCAAAAUGCUUCGGGAUGAUGACAACAAGUAUUGCGUUGAUUGCGAUGCCAAGGGACCACGAUGGGCUUCGUGGAAUUUGGGUGUAUUUUUGUGCAUACGCUGCGCCGGUAUUCAUCGCAAUCUUGGCGUGCAUAUUUCCCGUGUCAAGUCUGUCAACUUAGAUAGCUGGACUCCGGAACAAGUGGUUUCGUUAGAACAGAUGGGCAAUUCGCGGGCUAGAGCUGUUUAUGAAGCACUACUACCCGAUGGCUUUCGUCGCCCUCAGACUGAUUCCGCAUUGGAGAGUUUUAUUCGUGCCAAAUAUGAGCAUAAAAAAUAUUUAGCUAGAGAAUGGGUACCACCCCCUCCUCCGAAAGUCGACUGGGAUAAAGAAAUAGAUGAGGAACUCGAGCGCCAAAAACGUAAGAAGAAAACAGCGUCAAGUGGAGGGCAGAUUUCGAUCACUUCACCUGCUUCAACAAUAGGUUCCAGUCACGGGGAUAAGAAAACUUGUUCGAGCUCAGCGCCUGUUGCAGGUCCCCUUUUAAAGUUAAAGGCACCAGCCAGCAGUACAAAAGCAUCCAGCAGAAAUUCUACGGAAAAUGCGAAUUCAGCAUUGACCUCUGUAACUGGUAAUAAUCAGGGAACACCCGAUUUGUUGGGUCUUUCUCUGGGAGCGACAGACACCGGUUCAAAAAAGAUAAAUGGAGAUAGAAGCGACUCGCUAGACAUAUUGUCCAGUGCAUCCAAUCGGCCAACCGAGAAAACUACCUCCGGCGUUGAAGAUUUAUCCAAUCUCGCUAAGGAAGAGGCUGAUUUUUUCAAUCAAGCACCCAACAAAACUGGUGAAUUGCACGGUAAACUUACGAAAGACAACAUUUUGGCAUUGUACAAAUCAGUCCCACCAACAAUGGUGAACAACAAUUUCAAUUCAAAUCUCGGAGGUUUUGGUAGCUUUAAUAGUUAUCAGCCAAACACUUUUCCUGUGACAACGGCCAGCAUACCUGCAAAUCCUUAUCAGAUUAACAAUAGUCACUCCUCCGUUAAUGCAGCGGGUGGAUUUGGUGCUUUCCAAGCAUUCCCUAGUAAUGGUCAGUUUAUGGCUCCUGCAGCAGUGGUACCCACAGCUGUUCCAGGAAACCCUGCGGUGUAUAGCAAUGGACCGUUUCCUGCCACCAGCACAAUUCAGUCGAAACCAGCCUUCGGCGCAAUGCAGUUUCCCAACUCUGUGCUCCAGCAACAGCAACAACCACAACAAUUGGGCAGCUUUGCUGGAUCAGGAAUGACAACCGCUUCAUUUGCUUCUUUUCCCGCCCAGCAAGUUCAGUCCCAAUCUGAAAAACUAAGCAAUCAAUUUGGUAAUAUGAAUGUUCGAGACGUGUGGCAAUAACUUUAUUUCUAGGGUUCAGAAAUACCGCUUUCUAUAUUCAUACCGCAAAUGCUUAAAUACACAGACUACAAAAUCACACGAUAAAAAAAGAUCUACUUACGCGGAGAAAACAUCCUACCUUAACUAUGCAGACGAAAAAAAAGAAAUAUAUUUACUUAUAUAUUUUACUACAUAAACCAACCUACGAUAACGUUAGAAGAACUGGUUUAUGAAGCAAGAAAAUUAUCUAUAAUAAACUUAUAGACCUUAGAUGAAGGUAAAUUUAGGUAAAUACAGAGAAGUGUACAAGUGAAUGUAAACCAGAGAGCUGUUCACUUAUUUAAGCCAUCUUUAUUAUAUUAGAGUCACUUAAAGACUCUUCCUUCGUUUGAGCGAAUGCUACGUUUUGUUUGAUGGAACUUUACAUGAUCUUAUCAGUGCUCCGUUUUUGUACAUGUUAAUUAAUGUUCAAGUUACAAUUUCCUUUAGAAUCGCGGGCAAAAUAUAAAAAAUAUAAAUAAUAUAAAAUCAAAAACUGCAGACGAGCUGCUAAUGCUACUAUAAGUGUGUUAUUUUUCUGCAACAUACAUUCAAACACACGCGUACUAGGUAUUACAUUCUUUCGUCAAUAUAGCAAGAUUCACAGCGACCUGCAAACGGAGACAGUAUUUGACAAAACUUGAUUUAGUUAACAAAAUAUUCAAUAUGACUACAACAGAAAGGGUGACACUGAUUCGCUAAAAUUGAAAUAUCAAAUAAGCUUAAAUACCAACUGAUCAAUUUGUCAGAGUUCUCGGUAGUAUCAAGAUGAGUAAACCAAUAUAAACUAUUGUUGAUAUGGAAUAAAAUGAUUGAAACUGGAUGGUAAAUAAAAAGCAAACAUACGGUAUAUUAAUAUAGUAUAAAAGAACGUUUGUAAUAUCA